CCCUUCUCCCCGCAGGAUGCGGGGCAGCGGGAAAACACAGGAGCGACCUCAGGCGCCCACAGCGUGAGGGAGAUUACCGCGCCGCGCGCGCUCGUAGCCGUUACUAACGGUCGUACCGACGCCCCGCACUCCCUCAGCGCCGUGCCCCACCCCAGCCCCUCUAACAAAGGAGGCCCGGGGCCGCGGCGAGGGGCGGGAGCCGCCGUUCCCUGUGGGGACCCGCCCUCCCCCAGCCACCUCCUCCCCAGCCGGGGGCGCUGCCGCCGGCCCCGCACCGCCUCCUCGUUCCGUGGCUGCCCGCCCUUCCCCGGCAGCAGCGGGUGGUGGCAGGGUGCCGCCGGGCGGGGUGUCUCCCAGGCGGCCUUGCCCGGAUGUGUUACCCUGACUCAUAGCCGCGCCGCACGCAGGCUCCGCGCCGCUGCCGCGCCCGCCCCGCUCCGCGCACACGCCUCCCGCGCCUCCCUCCGCACCAGCGGAGAGGUGGCGGUGGCAGCAGCAGCAGCAGCAGCAGGAGGGCGAGAAGGAGGAGGAGGCCGCGGCGGCACCAUGGCAGAUAAUUUAAGUGACGCUCUGAAAAAGCUGAAGAUAACAACCACUGACAGCACAGCAGAUAGCUUGGAGGGAUGCUUGGACUGUCUGCUUCAAGCUCUGGCACAAAACAAUAUGGAGACAAGUGAAAAAAUCCAGAAAAGUGGAGUUCUUCAGGUGUUCGCGAGUCUGUUGACGCCACAAUCUUCCUGCACAGCAAAAGUAGCUAACAUCAUAGCAGAAGUAGCCAGAAAUGAAUUUAUGCGGAACCCAUGUGUGGAUGCUGGGUUGAUCCCUCCUUUGGUGCAGCUGUUAAACUGCAAAGACCAGGAAGUUUUGCUUCAAACAGGACGUGCCCUGGGCAAUAUAUGCUACGAUAGCCAUGAGGGCAGGAACGCAGUUGACCGUGCAGGUGGUGCACAUAUUGUAGUAGACCAUAUAAGGUCACUGUGCAGUAAAACAGAUCCAGCCAGUGAGAAGCUCUUGACUGUCUUUUGUGGCAUGCUGAUGAACUAUAGCAAUGAGAAUGAUACCCUGCAGUCACAGCUUAUCAAUAUGGGUGUUAUUCCUACAUUAGUGAAAUUGUUGGGUAUACAUUGCCAAAAUGCAGCUCUGACAGAGAUGUGCCUUGUUGCAUUUGGCAAUUUAGCAGAACUUGAGUCAAGUAAAGAGCAGUUUGCCUACACAAACAUUGCUGAAGAGCUUGUGAAACUGUUCAAGAAGCAAAUAGAGCAUGAUAAAAAAGAGAUGAUUUUCGAAGUUUUGGCUCCCCUGGCAGAAAACGAUGUCAUUAAACUGCAGCUGGUUGAAGCAGGCUUGGUGGAGUGCUUACUUGAGAUCGUCCAGAAGACUGUGGACAGUGACAAAGAGGAUGAUAUUGCAGAGCUUAAAACAGCUUCUGAUCUUAUGGUUUUAUUAUUGCUUGGAGAUGAAUCCAUGCAAAAGUUAUUUGAAGGAGGAAAAGGCAGUGUGUUCCAAAGAGUACUUUCAUGGAUUCCUUCCAAUAGCCAUCAGCUACAGCUUGCAGGAGCAUUGGCUAUUGCAAAUUUUGCCAGAAAUGACGGAAACUGCAUCCAUAUGGUGGAUAAUGGCAUAGUCCAAAAGCUGAUGGAUCUGCUAGACAGACACGUGGAGGAUGGAAAUGUAACGGUGCAGCACGCUGCACUGAGCGCUCUCAGAAACCUGGCUAUUCCUGUUGUAAAUAAGGCAAAGAUGCUAUCAGCUGGUGUUGCAGAAGCUGUAUUGAAAUUUCUCAGAUCGGAGAUGCCCCCUGUUCAGUUCAAGCUGCUGGGAACAUUAAGAAUGUUAAUAGAUGCACAAGCAGAAGCAGCUGAACAGCUGGGCAAAAAUGUAAAACUGGUGGAACGAUUGGUGGAGUGGUGUGAAGCCAAGGAUCACGCAGGUGUGAUGGGAGAGUCCAACAGACUACUUUCUGCACUUAUACGACACAGCAAAUCAAAAGAUGUAAUUAGGACCAUUGUACAGAGUGGUGGCAUCAAGCAUUUAGUAACCAUGGCAACCAGUGAACACGUAAUAAUGCAAAACGAAGCUCUUGUUGCGCUGGCGUUAAUAGCGGCUUUAGAGUUAGUCACUGCUGAAAAGGAUCUUGAAAAUGCUCAGCUUGUUCAGAUUCUACACAGACUGCUCUCAGACGACAGGAGUGCUCCAGAAAUAAAAUACAACUCCAUGGUGCUGGUCUGUGCCCUUAUAGGAUCUGAACCUCUUCAGAAGGAAGUGCAGAGCAUGGCAUUUCUAGAAGUCGUAUCAAAACUCCGCAGCCAUGAGAACAAAACUGUUGCCCAGCAGGCCUCGCUAACAGAGCAGAGACUUGCUGUAGAAAGCUGAGGAAGGUCUUGUUUCCAGUGCAUCCCAUCACAGAUUUCACCUUUGUCCUCCGUCCUGCUGCCGCUCCUGCUAUGUUUUCCACUGUAUCACUCGUGCAUGCGUGUAAUGUUCCCACACAAAUUGAUGAACUGCUGUAGGUACCCGUCCAAAAAAGGUUUCUACAAAUUCAUAGGUGGUGUUAACAUGAACCUGUCUCCACCCGUAACUGUUCUACUUGUAUUCUUGUUGCUUGGGCCACAUAGUAGAAUGUGCAUGUUGUAGUCCUAUGAUGACGUAGAAGUGGUACUACACAAUGACUCUUUCCUCACGCCCCCUAACUGCAUUACAAUGUACUACUAAAUUAGGGACAAUACAAGACGCAGCAAGUCCAGACUAGUGUGCUGACUAUAGGAUUAAGAAGUAAAUCUAGCUCCAUUUUUGGUGCUUCGGAGAUUCAGGUUUGAAUGCAAUGUACUGCUGCUCAUUCACUGGUCUUGCCUAUUAAUGUCAAACUCGUGGUACCUAGAGGUAACAAAUAAAAAUUUCAGUGCUCUCACUUUA